AUGAUAUACGGCAGUGAAAGUGUCCUCAAAAAUUUUCCUCUUACACAAUUGUUGAAUUUGAAAGAUAUCAAUAUCGGCGGGCUCUAUGAUAUUUACGAAAGAGAUCCCAAACAUUUUUCUCUAUGCUCAAACGAAUUAAGUCAUUCCUCUUUACUGAAAUCCUUCAGCAUAAUUUAUAUCAUUGAAACGUUUAACGAAAAAUUGUUCAGACCUACUUAUAACAUAAGUAUUGGAUAUUUUAUUGUGCCCACAUGCCAUAAUGGCGGAACUGCUCAAAUUCAAUGCAUAAUUAAAAAUGAUAUCAGGUACAAAAUCGCUUUGGUUGGUAUGAUCGGACCAUUAAGUAGUCAUAUGACAUCUUUCGUAUCACCAUUAUUAACGUAUUAUAAAUUACCUCAUAUUAGCCCUGAAGCAAACUCUUUAAGCCUUUCUAGAAAAAAAUUCAAUUACCUAUUUCGGAUAACUUCAAGUCAAAUAUCAUAUAUCAAUGCAUUGAUCAGUUUACUUCGACUCUUUAAAUGGAAUCAAAUAUCCAUAAUUUAUUCAUCCGCGUUGAACUUUGUUUGGCUUAAAGAUCAAUUAAAAGCUGCAUCGAUAUAUAAUAAGUUUUGCAUUUGGCACGAAAUUGAGAUAUAUACCACUACCGAAAAUGAAGCGCACAAAAAAACUUUCAAGACUUUGAUGAACAAUACAAGGGCAAAAGUUGUAUUUUUAUUUAUCGAAGACGGUCAUUUUGAGUAUGUCCUAAAAUCGAUAUAUUCCAUAAAUCCCGAUCCCGAAUUAAUAUUUGUGGGGAUUGAUACAUGGCCGGCAACAGAUGAAUUAAUAAGGCUGGGUUUAGCAAAAAUUCUUGAGGGAGCAAUAACGGUUUUUGAAUUUAGCAGUGAUUUAACUCAUUAUUCUUCAUGGUUGUUAAACUCUAAGAAAACUUCUAAAGCACUCAAUCCAUGGUCUUUUAGUAAUAAAAAUGGGCUUUUUCAUUAUAAAAACGAUAAUAAUUUCUCAGACAUUAUCGAUAUGGUUAAAUCUGAUAAGAGGAUUUCUUUAAGCAUGGAUGCCACUAUGGCUUUCCUAUACUCCAUAGAAGCUCUCAUAAAAGAUAAAUGUCAACAUAUUAAUAAAAGCCAAAUAAAAAAUUGCAUAGUUGAUAACAAUUUAAAAAAUUAUCUUCAAAAUUUAUCGUUUUAUGGAAUGUCUGGUCAAAUCCAUUUUGGCGUAGAUCAAACUGCAAAUAAUCCAUUAAAAAUUGGCAACUUUCUCAAACUCAAUAGCCAUUAUGAUGUUGUUAAUGUUGGCAGUUAUAAUAUGUAUGAUACGGAAAACGGAGAUCAAUUAAAAUUGAUAACCAAAUUUAAAUGGAGAAAUUAUACUUUUUACAAUGAUCUAACGGCACCAUCUUCAAGCUGUUCAACUCCUUGUAAAAUAGAUGAAUAUCCAGUGACAACUUCAAGUGUAUGCUGUUGGAUAUGUCGCCGUUGUUUUGAACGAACUAUCUUUACCCCAUCGGAUAUGUUUAGAUCCCAUAAUUAUGGGGAGUGUAUAGCUUGCCCAAAUUACAAGUGGCCGAAUUUAAACAGGACCGUUUUGAUGGUAGCCUUGUAUCUUAUAUUGGGAAAUAAUCCUGUAUAUCGGGUCGAAAAUAUUCAUGACUCUUUCUUGCUCACUAAUGAAACUAAAAAUAUUUCCUACAUUCCUUUCGUGAAUGAAUAUUGCUCUCCUUACCCCAUGAAUAGUGAUUAUCUUAUCAUAGAGUUAUGUUUUCAAGCUCUCAUUUUGUUGUACCUAAUAGCCCAAACCAUCCAAAUAAAUCAAAAAUUUAUUAAGGCCUACGCAUGA